AUGUUGAGGAGCGAGGGCGGAGAAGCAUCACGGGGGGACGCGUUCGGCAGCGGGUGCAAGUGUCGCAGGCAAUUGGCGGCUGACGGGAGCGGAGGCACAAAAAACCUGGGGUGGACGACGCCGACCCGGGGCCACGGCGAGCGAGCGCGCAGAGAGGCCUGCCGGACGCACAAUGGGACAAAAAGGAAGAUGGGGCGGGCGAUAUGCACGAAUGACGGCAGGAUAAGGAUGGCCAGUGCAGAGCGACGCCUUGGACGUGAACCUGAGAGUUUUGACACAACGUUCACGGGACCCGUCCUCACGCGUUUUGCGCAGCCCAAAACAGGACCCCAGCUACAAGCCCUGGACGCAGCAUUUCACGAGCAGCCACUAGGAUUGUCGCGAAAAAUAUCUGCCCCCAGCUGUUGGCAACUUCCGUCUUUUCCUUCUCUCACUCAAUUUACUCGAUCUCGGGAGGGGAGCACAUCAAACACAUCUUUGUGGUAUCGCCGCAUUGAGACGCUUUACAACCCGUCUCGUAGAUACCAGCUUCUUGAUCUCUUUGAUGCACAGCAGCUGCAUAACACACUUCGUGUCAGCUGGACGCGAGCACCCGGCCCGCACAUAAUUCCGACCACAACCUUCACACCCACGUUUCCCAGGUUCGCGUGGGCCCAGCGUUGUAAGGACAAAUUGCCGAAUCCAACCACCCAGAACUCCAUACUUCCAGAAAGCUGUGCCGAGCCAGGGCUAGAAUUACCACUAAUUAUCGUCUUAAUGCCAGAGUGCAUGCAGCGUCAUCGCUUCUGUCGGCCGGGACCCCAAAUGCUUUCUUUGGGUUGUUCAAUAAACAUUCGACAGUGGAGAAUUCAACAAUACAACCAAUAUGCCAUGCAAAGCAUUGGCACCAAGAACUUCAGCAACGGGGACAAUGGCAUUGGGCCAGAACCAGAGGAAGCCUUGGUAGGGAAGUUGGUGUUGGGGUUUGGAUUGGAAUUGGAGUUUGGAUUGGAACUAGUUGACGAGAAGCAUUUCACUUGGCAAAGUACUACAUCUUAUCACCUAACGACAGAAGUUGACAUCCCGUUGAAGUUCUUCGAGACUCCAGCAAGUGGAUUAACAGAUAGACCACAUCCUGUACAACAAAGUAUCGGCAUAGGCCUAUGGCCGGUGUUCAUUAUUCAUUAG